CGCUCCCUGCGCAUCCCUGUCUUGGCGCUGGCCAUGUUUCUCCAGUACUAUCUCAACGAAGAGGGGGAGCGGAUCUAUACGCUCAAGAAGUAUGACCCCAAUGGACAACAGACCUGCUCGGCCCACCCGGCUCGGUUCUCCCCAGAUGACAAAUACUCUCGACACCGAAUCACCAUCAAGAAACGCUUCAAAGUGCUCAUGACGCAGCAGCCGCGUCCUGUCCUCUGAGGAGUCCCUUGCCUUUCCUGCCUCACCUCCUCUAUCACCUGGUUUUACUAUUUUUUGUUUGUUUUGUUUUUGGGGAAGGGUUGGUUUUUGAACCACACCU